AUGCCCCCUCGAAAGCGCAUCAAGCGCGAUGCCGACCCGCCCAUGGAAGCACCUGCGGAGGUACUGGUGGAGGAGCAGAAGCCCUUCCCUCUUCUCAUGCUUCCCCAGCUGGUCCUUCACCUCGUAUUCUCCUGCCUCCAGCCUUCUGAGAUGAGUGGAAUCUCUCGGUCUUCGACACUUCUCCGGUCGCUCCUCCUGCCAUGCUUUACCGUCUCUCCUCGUCGUUCCGGACGCAAACCCUUGGGGGACGGAGUCAUGGGUAAACUUCCAGGUCGUAUUCUUGAGAGCCUAUGGCGAACGAUUCGGGUUAGAACCAUUGAUUUGGAUUUUGCCGCCCUCCAAUAUGUUUUUCAAUCGCGAUUCAUCAAGCUUCUAGAAACCUCUCCGCGCUGGCCCGAUAUAACCAACCUGAACAUCACCGGGUACGGCAAUGUCAUGGCAGGCAUCUUCAACUACUGGCUUCUAGAGGGCAUCAAGAAAGAUCGUGAGACAACUUGGUUCAGCACCUUGGAAUGCAGAGCGAUGAGCAACCGUGCUGGGCAGUUGGUCAAGCUAUACCUCGGACAUUACCAGUUCGUUAUUCAGACAAGGAACAGCCUCCCCAACCUCCUGGCGCCCUGGAUCGGGAAAAAGGCAUUCGAGACCUUGGAGUGGUUUGUCGUGAGCGACCGUACCUUGUGGCACAUACCAAGCUACAACCGUGGCUACUUCAACUCCAUGUCGGAUUCCGUACAGAUGGCCGAGGGCACUCAAAGCCUAAUAGAGACGCUGGCGAGGAUGCCGCGGCUUCGGCGACUCACCUUCUGGGUUGAGCGGGGAGGAUUAGGACCCUGCCUCGUGCGUCAGGACUGGACGCCAAACGACAAUCCGCUCACAUCGUGCGAGAUGGAUGAUUGGUACACGAAUCUGGUUCACAAGAUUGCGAGAUCACUGCCCAAGCUGGAGCAGCUUGGCAUCAUGGAUAAUCGUGAUGUGGUUUACAAGGGCACUAGGACCUCGGAAGGGCACGACAUGACAGUCUGCCAGGAGAUGUUGGAGGCGGGCAGUCGGAGGUUCCCACAGGGAAUUGAUGACUAG